CCUCUAUAAAAACAAAGAUAAUUUAAUUCGGUGAAUGACAAGUUACAAAGCAAAUGCAUAAAUAUCUUGCCAAAUACCUGCGGUUUCAACAUAAGCUAAAAUAUUUAGUCUACCACGUUUUAAUUAAAAUAAAUUACAUAACGAAAGUGCUAGCAAGUGAUAGGAGAAUUAUGAAAGUAAACAAAGUUUUUCUGUGUUAAAUGAGUCUGCUUUAUGUUUUUAAUAGAUUAAUGUUUAGGAGUAUCCAUAUUUCAUAAUAGUUUCUGUUAGUAAGGUCAGUUUACGAAGGGUUCACCUUUGUUUAUAGUUGUAGGCUUUGUUUUUGAUGGUGGAAAUAGAGCCCUAGAGUUGAUCAACAGGCAAGAUGACUUUGCCCGAUCUAAUCGCCGGUCUCUCGUCAAAUCCCUACUUUGGUGCUGGCUUUGGCCUGUUCGGAGUGGGUGCCGCCGCUGCGGUGCUAAGGAAAGGCCUUCAGGGCGGAACGAUCCUGUUCCGAAGACACUGCAUGAUUACUUUGGAGGUGCCGUGCAACGACAAAUCCUAUCAGUGGCUCUUGAAAUGGAUCACCAUCCGGGGAGCCCGCAAGACGCAGCACCUUAGCGUGGAGACAAACUUUGCGCAAAACGACAAUGGCACUAUAAAGACCAGCUACGCCUUCAUACCCAGCAUCGGAAAGCACUGGUUUAGCUACAGAGGCAACUGGAUUCAGGUGGAGCGAACCAGAGAACAAAAAACGUUGGACCUGCAAAUGGGUGUUCCCUGGGAAUCAGUCACCCUAACAGCUCUCGGAAACAACAGGGCGAUUUACUUCGACAUAUUGGAAGAGGCUAGGCAGUUGGCGCUGGAGGCCACCGAGGGCAAAACAGUGCUGUACACAGCCAUGGGUGCCGAAUGGCGACCCUUUGGUCAUCCUCGGCGACGCCGUCCUACCGGAUCGGUGGUUCUGGAUCGUGGUACAUCUGAGAAGAUCAUUGCCGACUGCAAGGACUUCAUCAAGAGCUCCCUGUGGUACACCCAGCGCGGCAUUCCCUACAGGAGAGGCUACCUGCUCUACGGACCACCCGGUUGUGGCAAGUCCAGCUUCAUCACUGCCUUGGCGGGCGAACUGGAGUACAGUGUGUGCCUCCUGAACCUUUCCGAAAGGGGUCUCACCGACGAUCGACUCAAUCACCUGUUAAAUGUGGCCCCCGAGCAAAGUAUCAUCCUGCUGGAGGACAUUGACGCCGCGUUUGUGUCGCGAGAAGCCACUGCCCAACAGAAAUCCGCUUACGAAGGGCUCAACAGGAUAACUUUCAGUGGACUACUCAACUGUUUGGAUGGCGUGGGCUCCACGGAAGCCAGAAUUGUCUUCAUGACCACAAAUUAUAUAGACCGCCUGGAUCCAGCCCUCAUUCGACCUGGUAGAAUAGAUUUAAAGGAGUACAUUGGUUACUGCACGCAAUAUCAGUUGGAGGAAAUGUUCAAGAACUUCUUCGCCAAUAGUGAUCCCACCAAAGCGGAGGAGUUUGGAAAGCGCGUCAACUCCUUUGGCCGCUCUGCAAGUCCUGCCCAAAUUCAAGGCUUUUUCAUGAGACACAAACUUUCUUCUCCGCAAACAGUCAUUGAUUCCUGUGAAGAUAUCUGGGAAAAUGUCCAAAUAAAAAAAAUGAUUAAAUAAUGUUCGACGUUUUAACUUAAAAUAAGUCUAGUUUGGCUUUAAGUUUUAAAACAUCUUUUAAUUUGACCUGCUUUUCAACCUCUUUUUAAGUUAAUUUCAUUUUUCAAUGUCUAAUUUUUACUUGCUUGUAAAUUACCCAAUCUAACUCGCCUAAAAGAACGUCUUGUUUUAUAUUAUGAUUUAAUUACAUUUUUAUAGGUAAUUUAAAAAUAUGAACUAUGUUCUAAAAUAUAUGUAUAUUUUAUGUGACAUUAAAUUUGAUUAGUCCUUUGA